UCAGAGGCACCUCUUACUACGCGAAGGCGUGUGGAUGGGGCGGAUUUGAUGAUGUUGAGUUGGCAGUUUGGUUUCAAAGUGAAUUCUUCUUAAAACUCUGCAAAAAUUGCAAAACUUUUGUUUGUUUGUUUGUUUUAAUGUACUAAAAGCCAACGCUAAUGUCCGCUAGUUUGCGGGUGGUUUCUCGUGUUUAUGAGGUUUCUGCCACGCAGCGGUACAGCAGCAGUCCUCAUUAACUGCCAGAUGAUCCUGCGCCUUCUGCGCGCAAACCACCUUUGAUGUUUAUGUUUUAACCUUUUUAUUAUUUGGUUUGUUUUCUUUUAACGUGCUGGAGGGACGGAUGAGAUCAUUACUAUGGGACUGAGGAGAGUUAACGUGAUCAUUCUUGUGCUGCUGGCUGUUGCCUUCCUCAUCAUAGUCCAGCGAAAUCUCCUCAAUCUCAGUGACUUUUUGCACACAGAAAAGCCAGAUGAAGGGCUGAUUCUUCCCUUUGAGUCUGAACUGUCUCCAGACUUGAAUUCGGCAAGGACGGGUGAGGAGAUUCCUGUUCUCAUCACCGCUGCUGAGGACAGACUUGGUGCUGUUGUUGCUGCCAUGAACAGUGUGUACAGGAACAGCAAAGCCAAUGUUGUCUUCAACAUCGUGACCUUGAAUGAAACCGUCGCUCACUUAAAAGCAUGGCUGAGUAAUACUAGACUAAACAGUGUCAAAUAUAAGAUAGUAAUUUUUAAGCCUGAGUUACUUAAUGGGAAGAUAUCUAAGGAUCCUCAGACCCCGGAGGCUGCAAAACUACUGACCUUUGCCAGGUUUUAUCUUCCUGCUUACAUUCCCGAAGCAGAGAAAGCUAUCUAUUUGGACGAUGAUGUCAUCGUACAAGGUGACAUUCAGGAGCUCUAUGAAACCAACCUCAAACCAGGACAUGCCGCAGCCUUCUCUGAUGACUGUGACUCGGCAUCUGCCAAAGGCAUUGUUCGUGGUGCGGGAAAUCAGAAUAAUUACAUUGGCUUCUUGGAUUUCAAGAAAGAAGCUAUCAAGAAGCUGGGGAUGAGAGCCAACACGUGCUCUUUCAAUCCCGGGGUCUUCAUUGCCAACUUGACUGAAUGGAAGAACCAAAACAUCACCCAGCAGCUGGAGCACUGGAUGGAGCUCAACACACAGGAGGAUCUAUACGGUAAAACCCUCGCAGAUAGCGUUACCACUCCUCCACUCCUCAUUGUUUUUUACAAACGCCACUCUAGCAUUGACCCCAUGUGGCACGUGAGACACCUUGGUGUAACAGGUGCUGGAAGCCGCUAUUCUUCCCAGUUUGUGAAAGCUGCCAAACUCCUGCAUUGGAACGGACACUAUAAGCCCUGGGGGCGAGGAUCCUCAUUUACUGAUGUGUGGGACAAGUGGUUCAUUCCCGACCCCACAGGAAAAUUUCACCCUGUGCGAAGACACACGGGGGACAGCUAGACUGAAAAAUGGGCUCCUUGAACCUUCAGAUCGGGUUCGUAGCAGCAGGAAAACUUCUUCAUAUCUCAGGAACUAUGCAAAUGUCAUGUGUUUUAGUUCCAUCGUCCUCCGAAUGUGGACCUGCCUAUUCUCAUCUUCCAAUGAACAGAGAUUUUUUUUUCUAUAUCCAGAGUAUAUUGUUGAUCGCUUCGAAUUGCAUUUUUUAAGAAAUAUUUUGUUAAACUAAAAGUAGACCAUUUCAAAUACUGUUUUACUCCCACUCAGCUGAGCAUAAACCAUCCUUGUCAAAGUAAAUGGCUUUUAAGUAGCUGUGUUUAGCAGCUAAAUAAGGAUUUAUUUACUUAAUGUGCAUAUUAAAUGACUCAAUUAUCUGAGUGAGUCACAGCUUAUUCCUGCUUCUUUCUGAUCAGCUUAGUUUGAAUUAUAAUCAUUAGCCAUGCAAAUUCCUCAUGUCAGUACCUCAGUGCAGUACUUCCUGUGGAAAACUAUAUUUUUAAGUCUUGUAUAAAUCCUCUACAGGUUAACUGCAGUCAAACUAAUGGUGCAUGUUACUUUACCAUAAUAAACACUACCUGUCCCGCUUUCAUAUUUAACAAAAAAAAAGUUUUUUUUUUUAUUUUUUUUUUUUUUACACGAACCACUAAGAUCACUGCACCUCUGCAGGAACAGAACAGCUUUGCACGAACAUCUCCUACUUUAGUGCUUCAUUAUCAGCAUUUUCCUACUACCUGUUUAAAGUCCCCUUACUGGUGUAAAUGUCUUUUUUUUUGUAUAUCAAAUAAAGGUUACAUGUUUAUUAAACUCUUGUGAUUCUUUUUUUGUCCAAUAUCUGCUAAAUCUUUUUACAAUUGCAUCUUCAGAAUUCGGUACCUUUUGUGACAGUGUGCCAAAUAUCAGGCUUAAAUCCAGAAUUUGAUUUUUUUUCCCAAAAAUAGCAGUCGCCAUUUAUGAAUCAGAAAUUGCUACACUUUUCAAACAUGUCUGAGGGAUUUGCAGAAAGUUGAUAAAUAUUUGGAAAGUCCAGUCUUUUGUGAUCAUACCGUUGCUUUUGUUGUGUACAGUGAAGUUGCUGGUAUCUUUGGUCACCUCUACAUGUGCUGGCUCUCAUUUUCCUAAUAGGGAUGGACAAUAACAAAACAAAGACACUGUAGUUAAUACCUUUAAAAUUAGGCUAAGAUGUUUCCCAGUGGGUUGUGUCAGAUGGAUGUCCCUCCCUGAACCUGGUUCUGGACGGUUCAUCCUGUUAAAAGGGAGUUUAGAAAAGUUAGUUUUUAUCACCAAAUGUUUGCUCAUAGGGGGUUGUCCGAUUGUUCAGGUUUUCUCUGGUAUUACUGUAGGCUCUGUAGAUAUAAAACUGAAUUAAAGAGGGUUUUCAUAUUGAAAUGUAUUGAUCUAAAAAAACAACAAAAAAACUCCACACAGCACAAGGCAACAGAUUGUUUCUUUUCAGGUUUAUUACCUUGGUAGUACGAUGUCUAUUUACACUGCAAUACAAGAUAUUACAAAGAUCUUGUAAAGAAUCAGAUAUAUACAGAUGCAUGCUAUGCAAUAAAGUCCAUCUCUUGGUAGGUGGUUAUUCCGAGAAAGACAAACAGACUGAUUUAUCAGUUGAAAACUUUCAGAUUAAUCCCACAGUAAGCUGGGUUCAACCCAGCUGUACUCUGAAAUCAGUCCACUAGCAGGACAAGUGAAGGCACCCAAGUGACUGUAUAUCAUCAUUUUCAUGCAUUCUGAUGAAUCCAAAGUCUGAA